CCUGCACCUACAUCAUUGCGGCGGCGGAAGGAUUGCCAAUGCCAAUACCCGAUCAGACGCAUCGCUCACAAAUAUAUAACAAACUCUUGCCCUCUCUCGAUUCGGUCUCUUCCACGUAGACAUACUCUUCUUCCCUCACCCUCGUAACUUCGUUGUUUCAGACCAAAUAUGCCGGCUUUACGUCAGCGAAAACGCGCCGCGUCUCCGGCAGACGACGGGGACACGCAAGCGGCCGACCCGCCCAAAAAGCAGGCCCGGAAGGGCAAAGCUUCAACAACAGCGGCUGAUGAUGAUCACAAAGCAACAAAAUCCGCGGCAAAGAAAGGCAAAGCUGCCAAAACAAAGGCUGAGCCUGUUGAUGAAGAUGAGGAUGCCGCAGACGAUGCCCCAGCCGACGACGCGUUGAAGGAAGCUGAUCCUAAGACCUCCUCCGCUCAAUUUGCCCAUUCCGACAAUCUCGUGAUCCCAGUCGACGACAUUUGCCCAUUGAAUACGUCCCAUUCGGUCUAUGUCAAUCCCGACGACGGUAUAAUAUACGACGCGGCAUUGAAUCAAACGAAUGCCGGCAACAACAACAACAAAUUUUACAAGCUGCAAAUCCUCACAGACGGCAAGGGUGAAUUCAAGACAUGGAGCAGAUGGGGAAGGGUCGGUGAACGCGGGCAAAGCGCCUUGCUUGGCUGCGGAACGCUCGACGAUGCUAUGAAUAAUUUCGAGAGAAAAUUCAAAGACAAGACAGGCCUGAAAUGGGCUGAUCGGACCGACGAGCCGAAGCCGAAAAAAUAUGUAUUUGUCGAGCGCAGUUACGAGCCGGAAUCGGACGACGAACCCGAUGUCAAACCCAAGUCGGAAGGCGAUGGCGGCGAGAAGAUCAAGGUUGAGCCACCAGAGUGCAAACUCGAGAAACCCAUUGCAUCGUUGAUGGAGCUCAUCUUCAACCAAGCUCACAUCGCAAAUACCAUGGCCUCACUCAACUAUGAUGCAGCCAAAUUACCUCUCGGCAAGUUGAGUAAAGCCACAAUCACCCGUGGUUACGAAGCAUUGAAGAAGCUCGCCGCCGUGCUGGACGACCCGUCACUUGCUCAAUCAGAGUACAACUCUCCCAUCCACACAGUCAGCGAGGAUCUUUCCAACCGGUACUACUCGUACAUCCCGCAUGACUUCGGAAGGAAUCGUCCACCGAUCAUCAGUGAUAUCGAUCAUCUCAAGAAGGAAGUCCAAUUGCUUGAAAGUUUGACGGAUCUCAAGGACGCCGAUGCCAUCCUCAAGAUGGAGAAGAAAUCUACGGACAAUGUCCAUCCUCUGGAUGCUCGCUACGAAGGCUUGAAGAUGAAGUCCAUGGCAUCUGUGGAGCGCGAUUCGGAUGAGUUCAAGGGUAUCGAAGACCUGCUCGUCAAGACCCGCGGCGCCACUCACGGACACAAUUACGAACUCCUUGACGUUUUUCGUAUUGAACGUCAAGGCGAGCACGAUCGUUUCAAGGCCAGCAAAUUCGCUUCCAUCCCAAGCGACCGACGACUUCUCUGGCACGGCUCGCGAUCGACAAAUUACGGUGGUAUUCUGAGUCAAGGACUUCGUAUCGCGCCUCCGGAAGCUCCAGUAUCAGGUUACAUGUUCGGAAAAGGCACUUACUUAGCUGAUAUGGCAUCGAAAUCGGCCAACUACUGCUACGCGCAUAUCAGUGGCGGCCAUGCGCUCCUCCUCCUCUGUGAAGCUGAGUUGGGUGCUCCAAUGCAAGAACUGACCAAUGCUUCAUACAACGCCGGCGAAACCGCCAUCCAGGGCGGGAUGUACUCCACAUGGGGCAAAGGUACCACAGCACCUCUGGGUUGGAAGGACGCGGCUUCGAUUCAUCCUGAUCUUGCUGGUGUCAUGAUUCCUGACACGACCAAAGCCCCUGGUCCAACGAAUGUGCCAAAUGCAUACCUGCAGUACAACGAAUACAUCUGCUACGAUGUCGCGCAAAUCCGCCUCCGGUAUCUCCUGCGCGUGAAGAUGUGAAGAGAACGAUCGAUUCGCGCGCCUGUCGCGUUUUCGAAACCCAUUUGGGAAAACGAGAGAAGAGUCUCGUUCCUGCAACACAUAUAGCUUCCACCCACGUGUCUGAAGCGAAGUCUUCCAAUGAAUAAUGGAUCCUGUACUCCGAGAAUGGAAAUGUAUCAUACCAUCAGCAAUACGAAAGUUGUGUU